AUGGAUCGAAGUUGGAUACAAGGAACUCGUUUCACAACAGAGUACUUGAAAGGUGUUGAGGAUUUUAUGGCUGUUGUUCGUGAAAAUUUCAGAGAAAAUCAAGACAUACUAUGCCCAUGUCGGGACUGCAAGAAUCUGCAUCACCAGAGCCAGUCACUUGUUGAGGAGCACAUACAAUGCGCUGGUAUGUCCAACACAUAUACAAGAUGGAUCUUUCAUGGUGAAUCAUUGAGUGAUGAUGAAGGGGAUAAGAUGGAGGACGUUGCAUACACAUCUGAUGACGAGGGAGAUGACUUUGAUGAAGACAAUCGAGGUGAUGUUUCGUAUAUGGUAGAUGAUCUGGCUAGGUCUGGAAGGCAAGGUGAGGGUCAGCCAAACCUCUAUUCCAAGCUAAUUGAGGAAGCCAAGAAAGAACUUUACGAAGGAUGCAGCAAUUUCACACGACUAUCAUUCAUUAUUAAGCUUCUCCAUGUCAAAUCAUACGGCCGGAUUACAAACAGAGCAUUCAAUCUAAUGCUUGAGGUGAUCAGCGCGGCGUUUCAACAUGCCGAUAUACCGAAGUCAUAUGCAGCAGCUAAGAGUGUUCUCCAUGAAGUUGGGCUUGGUUAUGAGACUAUUCAUGUAUGCAGGUUUGAUUGUGCAUUGUUUUGGGGAAACUAUGCCAACAUGACCCAUUGUCCUGAGUGCGGGACAUCAAGAUGGAGAGACACAGAGGGAAAGAAAAAGGUACCCCACAAGGUUCUUAGGUACUUUCCUAUAAUCCCUAGGCUUCAAAGAUUUUUCGCGUCAAAAGAACUCUCGGCAGAUGCUAGGUGGCACAAGGAGAAGAGGGUUGUCGAACAAGGUGUUAUGAGACACCCGGCUGAUGGUGAAGCAUGGAAGCACUUUGACAGUGAGUAUGGUCGGUUUGCUAAAGAUGCUCGUAACAUUAGGCUUGGUAUUGCCACCGAUGGAUUCAACCCCUUUGGAAACAUGAGUAGUUCAUAUAGCAUGUGGCCAGUUUUUGUCAUCCCGUACAACUUCCCGCCGUGGAUGUGCAUGGACCAAUCCAAUUUCAUGAUGUCUUUGCUUAUUCCCGGGAAAAAAGCACCUGGAAAGGAGUUCCAUGUGUUUAUGCAGCCGCUGAUUGCAGAUAUGAUGAAGCUUUGGGGAAACGGUGUGGAGACGUACGAUGCAAUGACCAAUGAUUCAUUUACUUUGCGUGCUGCAUUCUUGUGGUCGAUUCAUGAUUACCCUGGACUGGCCACUCUAUCAGGGCGUAGCACACGUGGUUAUUAUGCAUGUGUGCAUUGUGAUGAGAACCCUUGCUACGAGCCUCUGAAAAACAAGAUUGGUUAUGUCGGGCAUCGCAGAUUUCUGCCUACUAAUCACCGUUUCAGGAGAAGCAAGGAUUUCAAUGGGCAAGUUGAGAAAAGGGAGAAACCUCGGAAGUUCACGAAAGCCGAAGUGUUGGAGAAGUUAGAGAAAGUUAAGGAUUUCAAACCAGGUAAGUAUCCAGGAAAUAAGAAGAGAAAGCGCACUGAGAAAGAUCAACCAAACUGGAGUCAGAAGGUGAGCCUAUAUGAUCUUCCAUACUGGUCAAACCUGAAAUUAGCAUACAACAUUGAUGUAAUGCAUGUUGAGAAGAACAUCUGUGACAAUAUACUUGGGACUCUGCUGGAGAUUGAGGGAAAGAAUAAGGAUACCGUAAAUGCCAGGAUAGAUUUGGAGAAUAUAGGAAUCAGGAAAGACCUUCACCUAAAACCCGAUGGAAAGGGUGGAAAGGUGAAGAAAAAAGCAGAGUAUAAUCUUACCAAAGAAAACAAGAAAAGAUUUUGCGAGUUUUUAGCGAAUUUGAAAUUCCCAGAUGGGUAUGCUGCUAAUCUAGCAAGAUGUGUGGAUCUUGAAGCAUGUAAAGUGCAUGGGUUGAAGACCCAUGACUGCCACAUACUGUUGCAGCAAGUCAUGCCGGUUGCACUAAGAGGGCUUGUGAGAGAGGACAUAUAUGAGGCCAUUGCAGAACUAGGUAAUUUUUUCAGGCAGUUGUGCUCAAAAACUCUUAGAGUUGAUGUGCUUCACCGGAUGAAGGAGGAUAUUCCUGUAAUUCUUUGCAAGCUCGAGAGGAUUUUUCCACCCGCCUUCUUUGAUGUCAUGGUUCAUUUAGCUGUUCACCUACCCGAAGAGGCAAUUUUAAGGGGACCAGUGCAUUAUGGGUGGAUGUAUCCAAUAGAAAGAAGGCUUGGGUACCUAAAGGGAACUGUUCGUAACAGAGCAAAGCCCGAAGGGUCAAUUGCAGAGGCAUAUGUCGUGGAUGAGUGCUUGUCCUACUGCUCUAGAUAUCUGAUAAAUAUUGAGACAAGAUUUAACAAAGAAGAUAGGAACAAGGAUGGGAAGAGGGUUGCUUCUUCUGAUGAAUUGACAGUUUUUUGUACUGCUGCAAAAGGUUUUGGGGCGUCAAAGCUCAAUUUUUAUGAUAGUGAGUACGACCAAAUGGUUUGGUAUGUGCUUGAUAAUUGUCGUGAAGUAGAGAAGUACAUGGAAGUUUACCGAGAAGAAUUACAAAUUAAAGGUGUGACUAACAUUGAACAGACACUAAAGAAGGAAUUCCCUGCAUGGUUUGCGAAACAUAUUCAUAAUAUAGGAGAGCAAAACGUUUCAGAGGAUUUGUACUCACUAUCGUGUGGCCCAGACAAUCGUUUUCGAGUGUACUCUGCCUGCAAUGUGAAUGGUGUUCGGUAUCACACUUUGGAACGUGAGAAGCAUAGAAGAACUCAAAAUUCAGGCAUCAUGGUAAAGGGAGAUGAUAAUGGUACAGAGAUUGUGUACUAUGGUGUUCUUAAGGAAAUUAUUGAGUUGAUGUACCCGAAAAACAAGCAUGGAGAUAGGUCAGUCAUUUUGUUUCGUUGUGAUUGGUAUGAUAUUACAAACAGCAAGAUGACCGGGUUGAGGGAUGAUGGGUACUUCAAAAGUCUGAAUCAUAAGGCUCUUCGGUACAAGAAUGAUCCCUUCAUAUUGGCUCGUCAAGCGGACCAAGUGUUUUACAUGGAGGACACAGCUCUUGGAAAAGACUGGAAGGUGGUGCAGACUUUCAGUCAUAGACACUUGUAUGAUGUUCCUGAAUCAGAGACAGGUGAUCUCAAUGCUGUAGAUGCAUACCAAGAAGAUAUGGCAGCGGCCGGUUUUACUAUGAACAAUGUUGAUCCGCUGUUUCAAACUUUUAGUCGUGAUGAUGAAGAAGGCACGCCUGUAGAUCCUAAAAUUGUUGCUGAGAUGGAGAAGAAUGCCGAGAACAAUGAUGAAGAUAGUUCCACUGACGAGGAUGAACAGGAUGACGACAGUGGGAACGCAAGUGAGCAUUCAAGUGAUGAUGAAGAUUAG